AUGUUUACAUCCGAAAAGAAAACAGUAAAAUAUUUAAUAGAAGAACUUCAAUGUACUUUUGAUAAUCUGAAAAAUAAUGAAAUCGCCNUCAUAGACAUGUAUGGAAAUAUUGGAAAACAAUACACGGUCGGACUUACAAUGCUUCUUGUAAUUAGUUUAACUGUUAUGACGAUCAGUCAGUUAUACUCGGAUCUAGCUUACAGUCAUUCAUCGGUAAACAUGUCACAUGAAUAUCAACAAUCGCAACUUGUAAUUACUGAAUAUUUCAUCGAUCAAGAAAAAUAUUCGCGCUUCUUUGUACUCCAUACAAUCGUAGCAGUGUCCAUAGGAUUUGCUGCUAUGGUAGCAACAGGAGCAACGCUUAUUACGUAUCUACAACAUGCUUGCGGUCUGUUUAAAAUUGCUAG